AUGGCGUACACAAUAUUUGGCGAGGCCUAUACCAAGUUCAACAAGGUGACUGGGGCGAAUCAUGAUGAUUACGAAUUCGGGGUGGAGUUUUGGAAGCUGGCCCAAGAGUUACUGUCAGCUCGCAAGCUCAAGACCCAUCCAAUACAAGUUGAGCAAGGCGGCUUAGACGGAAUACUGCGAGGGAAACACGCCCUGGACAUCUGGGCACUACAGACUGCGAUGCUUUCCCUUCUUUACAUCGUCCUCUUGGGGCUCCUUCUUCUAUUUCUCCGCCGCCUUGUCCAUUGGAUAAACAGGCAAUGGAAGGCCCGUCGUCUCCGUUGCGGUCUGCCGGCCGCUUUCCCACAGCCAGUUUGGGAUUUACUCGGCAUCGGCCAACUGCGGGCGGCCCUUGAGGCCAAUGAAAGCAAAAGGUUCAUGCCAUAUCAGGUAUCACGAUACCAUGAGAUAUCGGCGCGGCAGGGGCGUGAUACACCUACCUUUAGCUACCACAUAUUGAACAGCCAGUUCCUGUUCACAUGUGACGCUGAAAACAUUCAAGCGAUUCUGGCUUCGCAGUUCCAGGACUUUGAUCUGGGUGCCAAUCGCAGGGGGAAUUUUGCGAGUCUUCAAGGAUCAGGCAUAUUUACAACAGACGGCGCAGCAUGGCAACACCAUCGUGCACUACUCCGACCUAGCUUCGCGCGAGCCCAGGUGGCGGACUUGGACUUGGAGCAGCGGCACUGCGAGAACUUGAUGCAGGCUCUAAAGCCCGACGACAGCACGGGCUGGACAGCAGACACGGAUUUACAGGCUCUCUUCUUCCGCCUCACUAUUGACACGGCGACCGAGUUUCUCUUCGGAGAAAGUAUCAACACUCAACUGAGCGCGGUUAAGGGCAACAGUGAUGGAGUAGUCCAAGCAGAUAAGCCCGCCGCGCUGGAUGAGCUCGUCUUCUCCAAGGCCUUCGACAGCGCGCAGGCUUACAUCGCGCGGCGCGGGCGAGUCUUGGGAAACUACUGGUGGGUGAUGCACAGCCGUUCAUUUAGCGAGGCUGUUUCGCGCUGUCACGCCUUCUUCGACCACUAUGUCGAGUUGGCAUUGCGCAAAGCUAGUUCUGCCGACGGGCAGCAGGACAAGAAAGAGAAAAAACCUGGACAGUACAUCUUCCUCGACGAGCUAGUGCAGCGCACGCGGGACCCUGUUGAGUUGCGAAACAGUUUGCUUCAAGUCCUUAUUGCUGGCCGCGAUACUACCGCCGGUUUGCUGAGCUGGACCUUCUACCUGCUAGCCCGGCACCCAGUGGUCUACGCUAAACUGCGGCGCGUCAUUCUGGAAGAGUUCGGUCCGUACCGGGCAGGUCACCGCGAAAGCAUCUCUUUCGAGGCGCUGAAGUCGUGCGCAUAUCUCCAGCAUGUGCUGAACGAAACCCUGCGUCUGUAUCCCGGUGUGCCGCUAAACAGGCGCCAGGCGACGAGGGACACAACUUUGCCGCGGGGCGGCGGCCAGGAUGGCAAGCAGCCCGUCUUCGUGCCCAAAAAUGCAAACAUAGUAUAUUGCGUCUAUGCUAUGCAUAGGAUGCCUGCAUACUGGGGCGAGGAUGCUGAAGAAUUCAAGCCUGAGCGGUGGGAGAAAGGCAGGCCGGGCUGGAAGUACUUGCCCUUCAACGGUGGUCCACGGGUAUGCCUAGGCCAGCAAUUUGCCCUCACGGAGGCGGCUUUCGUUGUCGUGCGAAUGUUGCAACGCUUCGACCAAAUUUUGAAUCUGGAUCAAUCGAGCAUGGAAAAUGUUCAGCAGAAUGCUACUCUAACCUUGAGUGUCGCAAAUGGAGUUAGAGUGAAGCUGCACGUGGCCGACAAGACGGAAUAG